AUGCGGACGUUGAUCGGCGGGUGCCACAAUAUUUCACCCGGUUUACUCGAAUGCAGUUUUUUUUUGAACUUAUUUUAACUCGUUUCAGUCCAGCGGUUGUUCCGCAUCUUUGCAAAAAAACCGUGUGAAACAUUGCAGCAGCCGUCGAUCACCUCGUCCUGCAAAUCUAGGAAGUUUUUGUCGCGACAUUGUAGAGGGGGUGAUGAGAGCAUGUUGGAGAAAUUGUUUUGUUUUUUUCUAAUUCGAAGCCAGGAAUUUUUUUUUUUUUCAAAAUCUUGAUUUUUUCUUUUUUUUUUCGCAAUCUCCAUAGAGCCUAUUUAUGGUCAGUUUAGAACCCUCAGGGGCCGUGGCCUGUCUGCCCUCUCCAUCAACCAGGCUUUGUCUAUUUUUUCAUCGUGUCAGGACCCUUUUUUUGAUGGCUCAAGCCAGCUACGCGAUAGAACCUAUUUCUAAAGAACCCGAGAGAUCUCUCGGGGUAACAAGAUUGUUUGAAGCGCACAACGUUUUUUACCUUUGUUAAAACUGAUAAAAAAAAUUUCCAGAUGUCGGAUCAAAACGAAGCUACAAAUCAAGGAGUUACAGCAUCUAAGCCGAAGAACGAGAAAAAGGGUAAAAAGUAUCUGGGAAACGGAAACGGAGGUCGGCGACCCAACGGUCGAAAUGCGCCGAACAGUUCACAACAUGAGGAAAACGGUCGAAGAGGUUUUGAAUCAAAUUGGAAUGAGAAUACGCGUUGAAUAAUUUUUAAGCUGGUGAUAAUGUCCCAAGAAACCCCACAAAACAGGCAAGAACGUGCUGAGAACCUUCAAAAGUCCGUCAAUAUGAAAAAAUACGAAAGCAUGUUGAAUGCGGCUCAUGUAUGGGAAAACUCAGUUUUUUUUAAUGCUAUGAUUUAGGACAACUUUUCGGACAUUCCUUGCGGCAACAAAACAGAGGAUUGCGUCAUUUGCUGUAAGCCAAAUGAUGUUUUCGGGGUUUGUGCGAGCUGAAUUCACGGGUAAAAAAAUUAGGAUUUUUUUUAGGUGGCUCAGUGUAGGCAUCCAGUAUGUGCCGAAUGCGCCAUUCGUAUGCGCGUGUUGGGUGGCUGCAAAUCGUGCCCCGUCUGCCGAACCGACGCAGAUUCUGUUCGUUAAAUAGAAGAAGAAACACUUUUCAAAAAAAUGACCGAAGUUUUUUUACCAGCUCUCUUUUUGCACGACGACAAAGGAUAUUAUGACAGUGGACCUCCAGUUCCCUCUCUCGGGUCACCCUCAUGAAAAUCGCUUCGGAAUUCGAUUCGAUGGUCCAAUUUCUGGUUCAAAAUACGAAAAGUACCUUGCCCAUGUCUGUAAGCUGUGCAAAAGGUUUGCUUGUGGGAUAAUUUGUUUUUUAAUUUCCUUCUUUAAACUUGAAACGCGAACAUAUUUGAAUAUCAGGACUUGUUUGGAGCUCAUAUAAGAACUUUCAUUGAGGCAAAUAGCACUGACAAAGAAGGUCACUCUGCGGUUGGGAAUUCCUUGGAAUCUGGUCAGAACAUUCCUUGAUGUAACAUGAAAAGGUUCUGAUAGUCUCAACUUGCACAAAUUCUUAUUUUUCGAUAAAUAACGACUCGAAGAUUCAAAAAUAACCUAUUUUAACAGGUUUAGAGGGCUUUCUAUGAGUUUGAACUGUAUUUUGUCAAAAAAUAAAAAGGUUUGCAGGCUGGGACUUUCAGGAAGUUCACCUGGUACAUCAAUAAGCGUUCUGUUUUCAAUUUUCAGGAAAUUCUCAAUCACAAAGUAAAUUGAACUUUCUUGUGAGUGCAAUAUUUGGCGCCGUUUCCGAACCUGAGCCCGAAGUUUGCAGCCAAGUUUGAUGAGCCGCUCAAAAUUUUAGCGACGUACCCAAUCACAUUCGUUUUUGUUUAUAAACAGAAUACGAAAUUCAAUUACUCAUAACUUCUUGGUUCAACAGUCAUUAGAAAUAAAAAAAUUUGAAAAACUAUCAGGUUGGUAAAAAACAAUGAGCCUUUUUUUAAGUGCGAUUCGUUUCAACAUAAAAACGGAAUGAGUGAAGAUACUCUUAAAAGGUAUGAUUCAUUUUCAUCAAUGACUUGUCGACAACGUCUGUGCAAAAAAUGGAUGCGUUGCUUGAAGAACUUGUCCGCCUGCGGUUCGCAGCACUCGGACACUCAAAUUUUGACUUAGGCGCGGUCUUUUUAGUUUUUUUUUUCAUCAAAAAGGUAAUGAAACGUCUAGAUCUAAUAGUAGCUGCAAAGAGCCAAGUUUAAACUGUUCAGUGGAUGAAAGAGAGCUUUGAAGUUAUAUUUCUGAUUUUCUGGUGAGAGAUUUUUGAAACUAGCAGAAAAUCAUGUUUAGGGGGCUAUUUUGUAAACACCGUAUGCAUAUCUUAACGUUUGUCUUAUUGGUCCGUUGGUUCAAAUUAUCUUUUAUGUAGGUCCGAGGUAGAGAUUUGACAAGAACCCGGAGCCUACCAAUACACUAGACCUUCACAGAUACACCGAAAAGACAUUUGAUCUUCUUUUUGGUUAUGUGGCUUUGAAGGCAGUUUAGAAACUCUACUGGAGUUAAAAUACUGUAGAAUUUUUUUAUUACAUUUUUUUGUUGGAUCAACAUUUCACUGUAGGCAUCAAUAUAAACGUAAAACAAAUUUCUCGUGGCGCGGUGAGUGAGAAUUCCGGCGAUUGUGAGGUUAGUCGUUUUGAUUACUUUGGUGGCUUAGAAAUCCCUAUUUUCCGCUUUUAUCUAUAUUUUUUUCUAGAACAACAAUAGAAAUAUGAGCAAUGUCAAAAUGUGGUGCUGAUUUUGAAGUUAUUUGGCGUGGAUUAAAAAAAAAGUCAAUUCGAAACGUUUUUUUCGAUGAUUUGACGUGUUUUAAUCUUCAAAGCUCUAGUCACCGUCCGGAAAGCGUCGGAACUCUGAAUGUUAUUGGUUCAAUGAACAAAAGCACAAUUGAUAAAUAUUUUUAAAAAAACAGGGCCAAAAUUUUUGUACUUACUAUUUAUCAUUCAAAAAAAAUCAUACCAAAAAAAUGCGACCACAGAAGCAAUUUUUUUCGGUCGUUCUUUUCUAAUAAGUUUUUUUCUUGUACAAAUACAUAGUUAAUAUAGCCAAAUUGUAAAUCGAACGAUGCGUAAGAACAUGUUUUUUUCUGAUAAAAAAAACCCUUUUUAAAAAAAUAUACUCUUAUAAAUGGCUCAUUACCAACCUAAUAGAUCGUAGUCAGGAGUUCCACUGUGAUUUCAAACAGUGGUUUUUUAUGUUUUUUUAGUUCUCCAGUUCAAUGCCGUGUUUUGAGUUAUAGCACGAAUUCCGAAACAGCCGUCAAAAAAAAAAAAACAGAAAACUGAAAUUUGGAGAAUCAGAAAUAGUUUUGCAUUUCGCGGAAUUACUUUGAAUACGGCAUAAUAUUUUUCAUUUAAUUAUGAAAUAACUUUUCAACGGGUUGCUGAAAGAAGGAUCGAGUUUUAUUUUUCUCUUGGUGCACGGCGUUCUUGUCAGUGAAAGAAAAUGCAGAUAUCGUACGACUACAGUAGAUUUGAUCUGUUCAGGACCCGUUUUUUUGGAUUACAAGACCCACCCUUUUAAAGCUCUCGCAAGAUUUACGGAAAGAGUUAAUUGAAAAAAAGCAUAAUUUUUUUGCUUUUUUUACUUUUUUUAAUAUUUUUGUUUGACGUUUUUUUCUAUAAGCAAAAGAUAUUACCCAGUUCCUUAGACGUAUUUUUGAAACCGGUUUCGUGUAAAUUAGAGCCAAAUUGAAUUUGCUGAUGCAGUUUGAAGAUUUUUGUUUUUUUAAUCAUCUAAAUUAUAUAUUUUUUUCUAGUUUUUUUGAUGGUUUUUGGAUCAAAAAAAUUUCGCCAUACGAGGUUUUUUUCUAAAAAUUUCUGCUUUCUAUCCAUUAUUUGUUUUUUUCUAAAGCUAGGUUUUCAAGGUAUAUAAAAUGUUUCUUUUUUUCAUUUGCUCCUCGAAUUUCCCUCAUUUCAAUAUUUUUUUCGUAUUUAUAAUUGCUUAUUCAAUGGGAGCUAAUUUACCUUCAUAAUAAUUUUUUUGUUUUUAAUUUUUGUAAUCAGUAAUUUAGAGUUUUUCCCCCUCCGAAAUCGUUCCUAAUUUUUUUAAACGUAAGUGAAUGUUUUUUUCACAUAAUAUUCUUCAAACUGACAAGAUUUCGAACAUUUCAGGAGUUAUUAUCCUAAAAUUGCGAAUUCUAAAAAUUGAAAAAAACAAUUUUGAGUAUGAGAUAGUGCGUCUCGGUGUGCUUACACCCUAAGCAUCAUAAUUUACGAGGUCUUGAUCUUGCGUAAUAAAAAAAACGCCGUGGGUGCCGUGUUCAUAGGUAAUUUGACGCGCGCGGCAAGUUAGAUCCAAUGGUUUCCUCGCGGACUGAUAAGUAAUCUCAAGUGGCCGUUUCAAUCUGAUUCGCGGCGUUUCCUCGAAAUUCUCAACGCAGCUUCUUGAUGCGGAACGAUAUUUUUUUUUGAUUUCUCAAAAGCAUUUGAAGCAUAGCAGUUUUUAAAACCUCAAUUGUUUCGAAUCAUUUAUCAUAUUUCAGCGAUGACGGGGAACGUCUUGAGUUUCCGACGUUCACUUCAUUACGGCAGCACAUGUCGAGCGUCCAUCGUCUUGCUUAUUGUCAUAUUUGUAUGGAAAAUCUCAACUUGUUUUCUCGGUAAUGGUUUUCAUGUAUAAUAACCAACUGGAAAGUUUUCAGCGAGCGUAGAACUUAUAUGGAAAGCAAUCUUAUGCGGCACAUCCGUAUUGGUGAUCAAGACGAUCGAAGUUUCAAAGGUUAGCUUUACUCAUGCAACAUGUGAAAAAUUCAACUAUGAUUUUAUUUAUUUUUUAACCUCUUUUUGUGGUUUCUUUCCUGUUCAUUACGACGUUUUAUUACAAAGGAGAGUUUGAGAGGACAUUUUGAUGUUUUUUACAACAAAUGUCAUUUCACUUUGCGGUUGGGAGUUUCCUGAAACUUCGCCAGAACACCUUUUAACUGUGGGGAAAUAACGACUCAAAGCCCCAACAUAGCUCAUUUUAACAAAGUUCAUGGAUUUUAUAUGACCUUGAGGUGUUUUUUCUCAAAAACUAGGAAGUUAUGCAGGUUGUGACUUUCAGGAUUUUUUGGACAUCAAGGCGUAUUCCGGCUAAUUUUUAGGAAAGUCCCAAGUGCUGAGUAAAGUGACCUUACUUAAUAGUAGAGCACAAAAUACAAAUAAUUCACCAGUUUUAAAAAUUUUCUAUUUUCCUUUAAUUUAACCUCUUAUGAAAAUUUCCAACCAGGUCAUCCUCAAUGCCUAUUCUGCGAACAACGUUUCUUCGACCAAGACGGCCGUUAUAGACAUUUGCGGAAAGACCAUUUCUUUUGUCAGUUUUGCGAAUCAGACGGCACCACGACAAACGUCUUCUUCGGGUAUCGUCCGAAAAAAGGCGAUCAUCGGAACUGUUUUAUCCAGGAAACAUGCGCAGUUGCUUCACCAUUACAAGGAGAAGCACUAUCCGUGUGAAGUCAAAGAAUGUCGCGAUAUGGGGAUCGCGUUCGCUACUCAGUUGGACCUCGAUUUGCACAAGGUCUCUCUUCGUCUCUAGCUUUUUUUUAAAUUUAUUAUUUGGUGUUUCAGACAAGAGAACAUGCUCAAAAACUUACUCUAUUCGGCUCAGGUAUUCGAGUGGGCAAUGAAAGCAAGUAAGAAGCUACAUUUUUUUUUCAUGAAAUCAUCGUUUUGUUGCGGUUUUCUUAAGAAGUGAGAACUCGAAAGAAAAUGGUUAGUUGUAGUAAAUUUAAUUUUAAAAAAAACCCCCUCUUUUGCUUAUAAAUGGUUUCCGAAUGUGGUUCAAAUUUCAUCAAUUAUUUGGUUAUAAGGAAGAUAAUCGUACUUCGUCAUUUAAUUAGAAGGGUUAGACUUCUCGGAAAUUUGUAAUAAUGUAGAAGUGUCGGUUUAGUUUUUUCUUUUUAUUAUCAAUUUCUAGUCGCAGCCAAAGCGCAAGAGAAGAACGUAACCCGGCAAACAGCGCCUCCAAUCCACAAAGGUUUCUUUUCUCUGUUUAUUCGUUUUCCACAGACAGUUAAAACUUCAGUUCGGAAAAAGUAAAGGGAAGUUGCUCCAAAAAGGCUAUUUUUAUUGUUCACCCUCUUUCAUUACCAAUAAUAGAUGAAGUACAACUAUGAUGUUUUUAAUUGCUUCGAACGCUUUUACAGACCAAAUUUUCAAUAUUUAUUAAUCUCUGAAAACCAGCCGCUUGGAAGAGCUUUCACUCAAAAAACCAAUUUGUGUUAUUACCUUGGUUUUCUCAACAAGCUUGAAUUUUUUUCAGGUUUUAGAAGACUCGUUCCACCUCUAAAUCAGUAUUCAGAGCUUGACUUAACCUUAUGUUUUCAUCAUCAAGUUUGGAAUUUCAGUGCCGCCGCAAGUUUCACGAUAGUUCCCUCAGCUCAAAGUUCAAAUCAAACUUUGACUUACGCAAGGCGGCCAGCUUACACGUCACGUGAUCAAGAGUUUCCGAGUCUGGGCCCUGCACCAGCCUCAAACGCUCCACCGGUUUACAAAGAAAUUUUUUACAUCACCUAUCAAAGUUACUGUACAGCCAUUACGCUCCAAUGAAUUCCCACGGUUGAACAAAACAAAUCGAGGGGCUUCCGCCGUGCAAACGCCAAAUCCAGUAGAAGACUUUCCCAGUUUGAAACCGCUUCGUCCAGCAUUAUCAGCGACGUUGCGACAACCUCCUCCGGUUCAGUAAUAUACAUUAAACCGCUAAUCUCAAAACUUUUUUUCCCAUAUAUGGUAUCACAAAGUCCAAAGUAAAACAUUUUGGCAACGAUCUGAACUAACACUGAGACUUCGGAAUGAGAGGCUACUAUUUCUAGAAAUUUUCUAGUACAACCAUAGUUGCUUAAUUUCACGGAUAUUCCGGGCCUGAACUUCCAAAACUGCCAAAGUCUUACAAAAGCUAAUUACAUUGAUUUUUUCUUCUUCUUUUGUGAGCUACCCUAAAAUUAUUCCACAGAUGUUGUCUUAGCUAAAAUUCUUCAGUCAAUUAGUGAGUAUUUGCCAUGCACUUGAAAAUUUAUUUCAAAAUGCCUGGUCUCAUUUCAAAGUCACUCUGGGAGUACAUACGUUUGGAAAUAAAGAAUAGAGGUAGUUGAUCAAUCCCAUAAAAUAAGGGACAGAAUUUUUCUUCCCCAUUAUUUUCACCAUCAAUAACAAAUAUUUUCAUUUAUAAUCAUUUAUAUUACAGCUUAAAAGAGCGGUUUAUGAAGACACUGCGUCGUCUUCUCAGCUGGCAGGUGCUGCCAACAAGCCAACAGUUCAGUUGGUGAGCAAGCUGCCCAAUCGGUCAGCUCCAUCGGCUCCUCAAGGAAGCUUACCAAUCGCUUCCGAUUUCCCUUCUUUGCCUGUCUCUGCACCUAAAUCGACAAACGCCUCUGUUUGGAUCAAAAAGCAGGUAAUUUAUCGCCCGAAAAUUUAGUUAACUGCUGCGAAAUUAUUUUGUAAAAUAUAAUGCUUGGCGCAGAAAGAAAAUGCGUUUGCAAUAAAUAUUGUUACUGGAGGUUAGUCGGGACAGUAUGGUCUUUUAGAAGUGGAAUCGUACAAAUUUCAAUGUAAAGAAUUGCUUUUUAAAUUUUUAAGUGAAACUUGGAAAAUCACGAACUGGUUCACGGUCAGUAAGUAUAUAAAAAGUAAUUAAUCACGAAAAAUUAAUUUUUCACUCUUAUUUCUCUGAGUUUUUUCUUUCUUUGAGAGCAGUUUUGUCAGAACUUUCUGUGUAAAACUGCCGUUAUUUUUACUUAGUCUCAUUUUUUCAUUUUCGCUCAAAAAUCUUUUCGUAAUGUUUUCAAGACUUCUGAGUUACACGCGAAUAUGAAAACUUGAUAUUCACAUUGAUGACUGGGGAGCUGGAACACAAAGCACCACCACGACCGUUUUCUGUCCAAAUUCAAACUGUCUCAACUUUUUCAAAAAGCUUAUUGCUUUUGUUUCCCCGAAUCUCAAUAAAAAAGAUGAGAAUAAAAUUAAUGUUUCAAAAAAAAUUGAAAAAAUGACAAUUUUGGAGUUAUCAGGUGGAUAUAUAAUUAUGAGGAACUAAAAUUUCGGUUUUUUUUUUCGUUUGAAAGAGUUUUUCAAUGAGGACUUCGUCGGAAGUCAUAUUCAUUUGAUUAAAAAUUCUAUCCUUUGGAAACGAAAAGUUCAAAAAAAGAAAGUUCGAUUUUCAUUACGUGGAGCAGUAUAGAUUUUACUCAACCUAGUUGUCCUUUAUCUUCAAUGUGAAAUGGUUAUAUUAAAAAAAUGUGUGCAUAGGGCUCCGGAACGAAGGGAGUGAUAACUGGCUGCUCAGUGCCUUCGUCCUAUAAACCGAGCGAGAGGAAGAAAGCCAGACCGUUACCAGAACCCGAUAUAUGGCCGAAUCGUGAGCCGGCACAUUCGCUUUCUGCGGAACCAAUAGAAGAGGACUGGAAAGAGGUUUCGUAUUUUUCACCUCAUCUUCCUAUUGAGAAAAUCACAGAUUCCGAUUCAUAAACCAGCGAAGAAAAAAAAUGGAAACAACAAAAAAGAUAAAAACAUUAUUGUGAAGCAAAAUGAAGUAGAGCCAGCUCCUACGGAAAUCGACGCUCCUCCGAAGACACUCGCCGAAAUUAGUGGACUCAUUGAAAGAAUGAGCAAUAAAGAUGAAACGAAACCUGCCGAAAAGAACAAGAAAAAAAAGGUUGGGGAUUUUUCUUCUCUUUUGUAGUACUGAUACAUCUUUCUUCAGGAAAAACAGGAAGACGUCAGAAUAAAAAACGAAUUUUCUAAAGGUGCGAAUGUGGAGAAUAAAAUUGUCGAAAAGAGAACAGUAGAAAAAGAUGGUCUUCAGGCACUCAUUGCGGCGGUGAGUCUUGUUUUUUUUUUGUCCCUGUGCCUAUGGGAAACCAUCCUAGAGAUAUACAUGGGCUAAGAGCACAUUUAGCCAUUUGGCCUUCUCCCUUUGAAUUUUUGAAGCUAUGGUGAAACUAUUGGCAUUAUCGUAUGUAGUCCGUCCGACGCGACUUGACAGUUUUCGAGUGUCUGAGUCUCUCUGCUUUCUCACCGCCGAGGUCACAGAAACGCGAAAGUAGCGCGUCAACAAGAGAGGGUCGUCGAGAGACGAGGAGGGCACAGAGAAGCCCCGCCCUUUCAAAACGCGAAAAACAGACUAUACAACCCCGAAAUCACACAAAGUUCAAUCAAAAUUUCAACGUUUCCUAUUGAGAAUUUUUCCGGAAUGCAAACGUCUGCGUCAAAUUUUUUAAAAAAGUGUGUAUAAAUUUUGAUUUUCAGACUCCGCCAGGUCUCUUCUCACCUACAGCACCACCAGGUCUGUCGCUGAUUGGACCUCCUCCGGGACUCGAAAACGCGAUUUUGUCUCCUCCGCCGGGUCUCUCGCUCAAUGGCAACACUCUGUUCUCACAGGCGCCUUUCUUAUCUCACACCGACCUGAAAACCAAAGAGCAGCCAAAACCGAUUCUUAACGACGGCUGGACUUCAAACAAGAGUGGUCGCCCGAAGUAA